AUGGUCGUCGACACGGCCUACUACGACAUCCUCGGUGUCCAGCCCACCGCCACCGACAUCGAGAUAAAAAAAGCCUAUCGCAAAUGCGCCAUCGUGCACCACCCUGACAAGAACCCCAACGACCCCACGGCCCACGAGAAGUUCCAGGAAAUCGGCGAAGCUUAUCAGGUCCUCUCCGACAAGGACCUUCGCGCGGCCUACGAUAAAUAUGGCAAGGACCACGCCAAGCCCCAGGAGGGCUUCACCGACCCGGCAGAGUUCUUCACCAGCAUCUUUGGCGGCGAGGCCUUUGUCGACUGGAUCGGCGAGAUCAGCCUCAUGAAGGACCUCACGGCCACCAUGGACAUUACAAUGCAGGAAGAGGCCGAGGAGGCUGAGGCUGCCGCCGCGGCGGAGGCGGCGGCCGCUGAUGGGAAGCCAGACGCUGAUGCUGGCGCUGAUGCCGAGGCCAAGCCCAAACAGGAGGGCGAGUUCCCCGGUACGGACGAGGCAAUCAAGCAGAGCAUGAAGGAGAAGGAUGCCGCAGCAGGUGCUGCUGGCACUACCGACCCAGCAGCAGCGGCACCACCACCCGCAGUCUUGGUCGAGGAGGACAAGACCGCAGCUCCUCCCGCAUACACGGCCGGCGCGGACGGUGGUCCUGCUCUGCCACCCCGUCGCUCGCAGGACGCCUCGCCGACCCCCUCCACCAGCCGCCACCAGAUCCCUCUCCGCCCCGCGCUCGCCGACAAGUCCCACGAGGACCUCACCAACGAGUCGCAGGGCGACCUGUCCGAAGAGGCCCUGCGCCGCAAGGAGAAGAAGAAGGGCAGCCUGUCGCGGGAACAGCGCGAGCAGCUGGCAGCCUACGAGAAGGAGCGCGCGCGAAUCCGCCAAGAGCGCGUCGACACGCUCGCCCGCAAGCUGGUCGACCGCAUCUCCGCCUGGACCGAGACCGGCAAGGGCGACGACGUCACCCGCUCGUUCCAGGAGCAGAUGCGUCUCGAGGUCGAGAACCUCAAGAUGGAGUCCUUUGGUAUCGACAUUCUCCACGCCAUCGGCCACACCUACGUCACAAAGGCCUCGACGCUGCUGCGCAGCCAAAAGUUCCUCGGCAUCGGCGGCUUCUUCUCCAAGCUGCGCGACAAGGGCACCAUGGUCAAAGACACGUGGAACACCAUCUCCAGCGCCAUUGACGCGCAGCAGACCAUGGAGGACAUGGCGCGUCGGGAGCAGGAGGGCGGUGACGACUGGGACGACGAGAAGAGGGCCGAGUACGAGCGUCGCGUCACGGGUAAGAUUCUCAACGCCGCGUGGCGGGGAAGCAAGUUUGAGAUUCAGAGCGUGCUGCGGGACGUCUGCGACGCCGUUCUCUACGACAAGAAGGUGCCCCUGACCAAGAGGCUGGAGCGGGCGCAGGCUUUGGUGUUGAUCGGCGAUGUCUUCAACAAGGCUGCUCGUUCUCCCGAGGAAGAGGGCGACUACCUUGUCUUUGAGCAGCUCGUGGCCGAGGCUGCAAUGAAGAAGGACAAGGACGAAGAUGGCAAGAAGAAGGACAAGAAGAGCAAGGACUCCCACUUCCACCACCAUGGCCACAAGCACACAGAGCCUACGCCGGAGAAGAGCUGA